AUGUCGGCUCUGCCCGAUCCUCAUCAAAGGAGGAAUCGUGGCUUUUUGGGCAGUGAUAGCUCCGCCUUGCCCCCCCGAGAUCUUCAGGAUCGACGCCAACUGCGGUAUGAACUAGACCUCAACUCGUGGAAUCUCCGCAUAUGGGGUGUAGCUGCUUCAGGCUUCUUAACAGACUCCUAUAAUCUCUUCGCUACCAACGUCAUUCUUGCCUCUAUAGCCUUCGUGUACUGGCCUUCGCCGGGUGCGCGAUGGCAAGGACUACUCAUCAACUUUUUCACACUCCUAGGUUCUGUAAUUGGUCAGCUGCUGUUCGGCUUCCUCGCCGACUUCUACGGUCGAACUCGUCUUUAUGGCAUCGAGCUCGUUCUCGUUAUCGUGUCAACCAUCGGUGUAGCAACUAGCAGUUAUGGCUUCGACGAUAUGAGUUUCCUGGGGCUCUUUAUUUGGUGGCGCUUUGUGAUGGGCAUUGGCAUUGGCGCCGAAUAUCCUCUUUCUGCGGUAAUUACAUCCGAAUGGUCCAGUACGCAGUCGCGAGGAACCAUGAUCUCUUCUACUUUUAUGAUGCAACCUAUUGGGCAGGCUCUAGCUCAGCUUGUUGGUCUCUGGGUACUCCUUGGCCGCGAAGAAAGUGAAGGCCUGCAGGCCAUGCAGUGUGGCCUUGAUACGAAAUUUGACAGAGAAUGUCGCCGUAUCGUAGAUGGUAUCUGGCGCAUCGUCAUCGGGUCAGGAGCUGUCCCAGCGCUUCUGGCCAUCAUCUUUCGAUUCUUUCUAUUUGAUUGUGGGUUAUAUAGUCUCGAAGUCCGAAACAAGCCUGGAAUCGCCUUGAGGAACACGCAGAGGGUAUACGGUGCCCCUCCCAGCGCCACGACUAGUUACCCCAUGACAACACCAGAUGGCGUGCAUGUGACCAACUCAGAACGGCCGAUGCCAAUUCAGUUUUCCAAACAGGAUCUUUAUAAAUACUUUAUUGAAGAUGGCAACUGGUACUAUCUCCUUGGUACUUCCGCAACAUGGUUUUUUCUUGACGUGAGUUUCUAUGGGCUCUCGUUAGACAAUAGAGGGACUUUGUCAGAUAUGUGGGCUACUACAGGAGCAAAGUCAAUCGAUGAAAGGCUGUCAUGUUGGAACUCCACCUGGGAAGAUGGCAACUCGACUGUAAGGGACUGGAACCAAACAGGAUUACCUGUUUGGCAGACAGACGCAACGCUGCCCUGCAACACCAUUUACGACGUGCUAUUGGAACAGGCUAAGCAGUACCUGCUGACCGUAUCCAUCGCCUCGAUCGCUGGCAGCGCUUGCUUCGUUAUGGCCGCGAACCGUAUUCCCCGACGGCUGUGGCUGACCGUUUCUUUCUUUGUCCUGGCCGUACUUUUUGUCAUUACGGGUUGUGUAUACUAUGGUGUCAACCGAACGAGCGGGGCGCCGGCCACCGUUGUUUUCGUCGCCUUGUGUCAUUUCAUGUUCAACUUCGGCGCAAAUACUCUGACGUUCAUCAUCCCGGCCGAGAUUUUCCCAACCUGCUACCGUUGCACAUGCCAUGGCAUCUCUGCCGCCGCCGGCAAACUUGGAAGCAUCGUGGCUCUUCUAGUUGUCUAUGGCAUCAACUCGUCUUAUAAGGCCGAAAAUCGACAAGGACUUAUAUUUCUGCUCUUUGGUUCCUUCGUUGCCCUUGGCGCUGUGUUUUCUUGGGCCUACUUGCCCGACUCUCAGCGGUGGGUGGUGGAUGAGGACGGGCGUCGCGUGUUGGAGCAAAAGACACUCGAAGAACUGGGUGAGGGCCGGGAAAGAGCAAAACAACUCGGAGAGAUUAUUACCGUUAAAGGAAAAUGGCACGACUUGAAACGAAGGAGAUCGUCGCCCGAGCCCUCGCAGGCUCAGGAUCCGUGA